UUAGUAUAAAUAUGUCGCUGAAAAUAAGAAAUGUUACAUUCAGGACAGGACUGCAAUAAAAAUGUUUUUUCAUUUUGGAAUAUUAAUUCUCUUGUCCCAAGGACUCUUUGGCGAAGUGAACAUUUCGGAAGCUAUAGAUGGAGACAGCCGAAUAAUAGGUGGCGAAGAUGCCACUCCAGGCAUGGCUAAGUACCAAGUCUCUAUACGUUCCCAUAAUGGAGAGAAAGAAUGGCACACUUGCGGAGGUUCUAUUAUAAGUCAACAGUACGUCCUAACUGCCGCGCAUUGCAUUGUUCAGAAACAAGCUGACAAGAUGUCUAUAGUUGUUGGCAGUCACAAGGUCACCAAAGGUGGCGACCGUUACAAGAUUAAGCAAUUGGUGCCUCAUGAGAAUUUUUCAAAAGCCACUAUGAAGAAUGACGUAGGCGUCGUACAAAUCGAAGGCAACAUCCAAUACAAGGACAAUGUUCAACCAGUCGAGUUGUUCAAACAACAGGUACCCUCUGGAACGAAAUGUCUUUUGACCGGUUGGGGAAAAGUAACCAUCAGCGACAACAUUUAUCCGAACGAUCUUCAAAUGUUGUACUUCCGAACUAUGAGUAAUAAGAAGUGUACUGAAAGAUUAACACUACGCGCGUCUGUUCGGCGGGGUUUGCCCCUGGAUGAUGGACAACUCUGCGCUAGGCGUCCCCCCGGCCAAGGCGUAUGCAAUGGUGAUAAUGGUGGGCCCCUUGUUAUUGAAGAGGAUGACAAAUAUCUUCAAAUAGGAAUCGUGUCCUGGGGAGUUCCCUGCGCCACAAACUAUCCAGAUGUAUUUACUUCAGUCCCUGGUAACUACGCUUGGAUACAGAACAAAAUUAAGUGAUCAUAUUCAUAAAUAUUCGACAUUGUAACAUAUGAUCGUAAUAAAAUUUUGA